CUAGAUGGCCCAAGGGAGGCGACCGCGGAGGGUGGCGAGGGGCGGCCAGGACCCGCAGCCCCGGGGCCGGGCCGGUUCAGACCGCCAGGGAGGGCAGGUCAGUGGGCAGAUCGCGUCCACGGGAUUCAAUCUGUGCCCGCCCUGAUAACAGUCCUUUUCCCUGGCGCUCACUUUGUGGCUAGCACCCGGCUGGGCGCCUCAAGACCAUUCUCUCUUGAUCGCUCCUUUGGACUUGGCGACCAUUUCAGAGAUGUCUUCCAGAAGUCCCAAAGAUUUAAUUAAAAGUAAGUGGGGAUCGAAGCCUAGUAACUCCAAAUCCGAAACUACAUUAGAAAAAUUAAAGGGAGAAAUUGCGCAUUUAAAGACAUCGGUGGAUGAAAUCACAAGUGGGAAAGGAAAGCUGACUGAUAAAGAGAGACACAGACUUGUGGAGAAAAUUCGAGUCCUUGAGGCUGAGAAGGAGAAGAAUGCUUAUCAACUCACAGAGAAGGACAAAGAAAUACAGCGACUCAGAGACCAACUGAAGGCCAGAUAUAGUACUACCGCAUUGCUUGAACAGCUGGAAGAGACAACGAAAGAAGGUGAAAGGAGGGAGCAGGUAUUGAAAGCCUUAUCUGAAGAGAAAGAUGUAUUGAAACAACAGUUGUCUGCUGCAACCUCACGAAUUGCUGAACUUGAAAGCAAAACCAGUGCACUUCGUUUAUCACAGCAACUAAAUUUAAGUCUGAUCCUAGGUUUCUCAUUUUGUUUUUGUAUUUUACUGUUGAUUUUCUUUCAUCUUCCCAUUAAGGCUCUGGAGAAAAAUCAGCAGUGGCUCGUAUAUGAUCAGCAGCGGGAAGUCUAUGUAAAAGGACUUUUAGCAAAAAUCUUUGAGUUGGAAAAGAAAACGGAAACAGCUGCUCAUUCACUCCCACAGCAGACAAAAAAGCCUGAAUCAGAAGGUUAUCUUCAAGAAGAGAAGCAGAAAUGUUACAACGAUCUCUUGGCAAGUGCAAAAAAAGAUCUUGAGGUUGAACGACAAACCAUUACUCAACUGAGUUUUGAGCUGAGUGAAUUUCGAAGAAAAUAUGAAGAAACCCAAAAAGAAGUUCACGAUUUAAAUCAGCUGUUGUAUUCACAAAGAAAGGCAGAUGUGCAACAUCUGGAAGAUGAUAGGCAUAAAACAGAGAAGAUACAGAGACUCAGGGAAGAGAAUGAUAUUGCUAGGGGAAAACUUGAAGAAGAGAAGAAGAGAUCCGAAGAGCUCUUAUCUCAGGUCCAGCUUCUUUACACAACUCUGCUAAAGCAGCAAGAAGAACAAACAAGGGUAGCUCUGUUGGAACAACAGAUGCAGGCAUGUACUUUAGACUUUGAAAAUGAAAAACUCGACCGUCAACAUAUGCAGCAUCAAUUGCAUAUAAUUCUUAAGGAGCUCCGAAAAGCAAGAAAUCAAAUAACACAGUUGGAAUCCUUGAAACAGCUUCAUGAGUUUGCCAUCACAGAGCCGUUAGUCACUUUCCAAGGAGAGACUGAAAAGAGAGAAAAAGUUGCCGCCUCGCCAAAAAGUCCCACUGCUGCACUCAAUGAAAGCCUGGUGGAAUGUCCCAAGUGCAAUAUACAGUAUCCAGCCACCGAGCAUCGCGAUCUGCUUGUCCAUGUGGAGUACUGUUCAAAGUAGCAAAAUAAGUAUUUGUUUUUAUAUCAAAAGAUUCAAUACUGUAUUUUCUGUUAGCUUGUGGGCAUUUUGAAUUAUAUAUUUCACAUUUUGCAUAAAACUGCCUAUCUACCUUUGACACCCUGGCAUGCUAGUGAAUCAUGUACCUUUUAGGCUGCUGUGCAUUUUUCUUGGCAGUGAUACCUCCCUGACAUGGUUCAUCAUCAGGCUGCAAUGACAGAAUGUGGUGAGCAGCAUCUACUGAGACUACUAACAUUUUGCACUGUUAAAAUACUUGGUGAGGAAAAGAUAGCUCAGGUUAUUGCUAAUGGGUUAAUGCACCAGCAAGCAAAAUAUCUUAUGUUUUGAGGAUUUUGAAAAAUCAAAGAUAAUUAACCAAGGAUCUUAACUGUGUUAGCAUUUUUUAUCCAAGCACUUAGAAAACCUACAAUCCCAAUUUUGAUGUCCAUUGUUAAGAGGUGGUGAUAGAUACUAUUUUUUCUCAUAUUGUAGAGCGGUUACUAGAAAAAGUCGGGGAUUUUCUUGAUCUUUGUUGCUGCUUACCAUUGAAACUAAACCCAGCUGUGUUCCCCAACUCUGUUCUGCGCACAAAACAGGAUCUGUUUGAGGCAUACUCUUAAGCAGCCACACACAAUGUUUUCUGUCAUACUAUCUGGCACUAACUGUAACUUGAAUUACAUUGGCACAUGCUGGUUAGCUAAAAUUGUUAAAAUAAAUUUUAAUAAACCCAUCUAGGCCUCUCAUUUGAUGUACCGUAUUUUAUUUAUUUUUGGCAUUCUUAAAGCUGGGCAAUGUAAUGAUCAGAUCUUUGUUUAUCUGAAUAGAUAUCUUUAUACAUGCUAUUUGUAAACCAAAAACUUUUAAAUUUCUUCAGGUUUUCUAACAUGCUUACCACUGGGCUACUGUAAAUGAGAAAAGAAUAAAAUUAUUUAAUGUUUCAAUA